GGCGCCGCGGCCCCUGCACUCCAGCCGGGCUCUGCUGGCUGCGGCGCGAGCUGUUCGCGGGAGGCAGCGGUGGCGCUGGAACAGUGAACCAUGGAGCUGUAUUUCGGUGAAUAUCAACAUGUACAGCAGGAAUAUGGGGUCCAUCUGAGACUUGCAAGUGAUGAUACCAAAAAAUCAAGGGGUUCCCAGAACUCCAAGCCAGGCUCCUACGGUGUCAGUAUUAGGGUCCAGGGAAUUGAUGGGCACCCCUACAUAGUCCUGAAUAACGCGGAACGGUGCCUAGCAGGCACAUCAUUUCCACCUCCAGUGAUAAACAACCUGCCUCUACAUUCCAGCAAUGGUUCUGUGCUAAAGGAGAACAGUGAAGAAGAACCGCAGCUUCCAGAAAAUCCAUAUGCCCCAUCUAGCCCACUAAGAAACCUGAAACAGCCCCCUCUCCACGAGGGCAAGAAUGGAGUGCUAGAUCGCAAAGAUGAGUCCGUGAAGCCAUCUCCCAUCCUCAACUUUCGGAGGCAUCCAGAGCUUUUGCAGCCCUAUGACCCUGAAAAGAAUGAGUUAAACUUACAAAAUCACCAGCCUCCUGAGAGUAAUUGGCUAAAAACGUUGACGGAAGAAGGCAUCAACAAUAAGAAACCUUGGACUUGCUUUCCUAAACCUAGCAAUUCCCAGCCUACCAGUCCCUCCUUGGAAGACCUGGCCAAAUCUGGUGUGGCAGCUAUUCGUUUAUGCAGCUCUGUGGUCAUAGAGGACCCCAAAAAGCAGACCUCAGUGUGUGUAAAUGUGCAGAGCUGCACCAAAGAGAAGGUGGGAGAGGAUGCCCUUUCCACUAGCGGGAGGCCCCUCACUGCCCACAGCCCACAGGCCCACCCAGAAACCAAGAAAACCAGGCCAGAUGUGCUUCCCUUCCGGCGACAGGAUUCAGCGGGACCCGUCCUGGACGGAGCUCGGUCCCGGAGGUCCUCCUCGUCAUCGACAACUCCCACUUCAGCCACCUCUUUGUACAGGUUUUUACUGGAUGAUCAGGAAUGUGCCAUCCAUGCCGACAACGUCAAUCGUCAUGAAAACAGAAGGUAUAUUCCCUUCCUGCCAGGAACUGGACGGGAUAUUGAUACAGGAUCAAUUCCUGGUGUGGAUCAGUUAAUUGAGAAAUUUGAUCAAAAACCUGGGCUUCAAAGAAGAGGCAGGUCUGGGAAGCGAAACAGAAUCAAUCCAGAUGACAGGAAAAGGUCCAGAAGCGUGGACAGCGCCUUUCCUUUUGGCCUUCAAGGGAACUCGGAGUACUUGACUGAAUUUAGUAGGAACUUGGGCAAGUCGAGCGAACACCUCCUCCGGCCUUCCCAGGUGUGUCCUCAGCGGCCGCCGGCUCCGGAGCGCCGUGGGAAACAGAGCGUGGGACGAACCUUUGCAAAGCUGCAGGGAGCAGUGCACAGGGCUCCCCAGCAGAACACAGACGGGAAAGUUCUGGAAACCAAAGGUAGUCAGGAAAGUACAGUGAUCCGUGCUCCCUCCCUUCUUGCACAGAGUAAAAAGGAGGAGGAGGUGAAAACAGCCACAGCUACACUGAUGUUACAGAACCGGACGGCAGCAACUUUGCCUGAUUCUGGUGCCAAGAAAAUUUCUGUGAAGACUUUUCCUUCGGCCUCCAAUACUCAGGCCACACCGGAUCUCUUAAAGGGCCAGCAAGAGCUCACUCAGCAAACCAAUGAGGAGACAGCCAAGCAGAUUCUCUACAAUUAUCUCAAAGAAGGAAGCACCGAUAAUGACGAUGCUACUAAAAGGAAAGUCAACUUGGUCUUUGAGAAAAUCCAGACCUUAAAGUCUCGAGCAGCUGGGAGUGCCCAAGGAAAUAACCAAACUUCAAAUUCCACAUCUGAAGUCAAAGAUCUACUGGAACAGAAAAACAAUUUGACCAAGGAAGUGGCUGAACUUCAGAGACAGCUUCAACUGGAAGUUAAGAAUCAACAGAACAUCAAAGAAGAGAGAGACAGGAUGCGAGUAAACCUGGAAGAGCUCCGAAGCCAACACAACAAAGAGGUGGAGGAGAACUCCACGUUGCAGCAACGACUGGAAGAAAGUGAAGGGGAGCUCCGGAAGAACCUGGAGGAGCUGUUCCAGGUGAAGAUGGAACGGGAGCAGCAUCAGACUGAGAUCAGGGAUCUUCAAGACCAGCUCUCAGAAAUGCAUGAUGAACUGGACAGCGCAAAGCGAUCGGAGGACAGGGAGAAGGGGGCUCUGAUUGAGGAACUCUUACAGGCAAAACAGGAUCUUCAAGAUCUGCUGAUUGCCAAGGAGGAGCAAGAAGACCUCUUGAGAAAGCGAGAGCGUGAACUCACUGCCCUGAAGGGAGCCCUGAAAGAAGAGGUUUCCAGCCACGAUCAGGAGAUGGACAAGCUGAAGGAACAGUACGAUGCUGAGUUGCAGGCCCUGAGGGAGAGUGUGGAAGAGGCAACCAAGAAUGUCGAGGUCCUGGCCAGCAGGAGCAAUACUUCAGAGCAAGACCAGGUGGGGACCGAAAUGCAUGUGAAGCUUCUGCGGGAGGAGAAUGAGAAGCUGCAGGGGAGAAGUGAAGAGCUGGAGCGGAGAGUUGCUCAGCUUCAAAGGCAGAUCGAAGACAUGAAAGGCGAUGAAGCCAAGGCAAAGGAAACGCUCAAGAAGUAUGAGGGAGAAAUACGACAAUUAGAGGAGGCCCUUGUGCACGCCAGAAAGGAAGAAAAAGAAGCCGUGUCCGCCAGAAGGGCCCUGGAGAGUGAGCUGGAGGCUGCUCAGAGAAAUCUGAGUUGGACCACCCAGGAGCAGAAACAGUUGUCUGAGAAGCUGAAAGAGGAGAAUGAGCAGAAGGAGCAGCUAAGAAGGCUGAAGAACGAGAUGGAGAACGAGCGGUGGGACCUGGACAAGACCAUCGAGAAACUGCAGAAGGAGAUGGCAGACAUUGUUGAGGCCUCCCGCAUAUCGACCCUGGAGCUCCAGAACCAGCUGGAUGAGUACAAGGAGAAAAAUCGCAGGGAGCUUGCAGAAAUGCAAAGACAGUUGAAGGAGAAAACCCUGGAGGCAGAAAAGUUCCAACUGACAGCUAUGAAAAUGCAGGAUGAGAUGCGUCUGAUGGAGGAAGAGUUACGGGACUACCAGAGAGCUCAGGAUGAAGCACUCACAAAAAGGCAGCUUCUGGAGCAGACACUAAAGGACCUGGAGUAUGAGCUGGAAGCCAAGAGUCACCUCAAAGAUGACCGCAGCAGACUGGUCAAGCAGAUGGAGGACAAGGUAUCUCAACUGGAGUUGGAACUGGAUGAAGAAAGAAACAACUCAGAUUUGCUGUCUGAGAGGAUCAGUAGGAGCAGGGAACAGAUGGAGCAGGUGAGGAAUGAGCUACUUCAGGAGAGAGCCGCGAGGCAAGACUUGGAGUGUGACAAGAUUUCCCUGGAGAGGCAGAACAAGGACUUAAAGAGCCGGAUUGUCCACCUGGAAGGUUCCUACCGCUCCAGCAAAGAGGGGCUGGUUGUGCAGAUGGAGGCCAGGAUUGCAGAGCUGGAGGACCGCCUGGAGAGUGAGGAGAGGGAUCGGGCCAACCUGCAGCUCAGCAACCGGCGGCUGGAGCGGAAAGUGAAGGAGCUGGUGAUGCAGGUGGAUGAUGAGCAUCUGUCACUGACCGAUCAGAAGGACCAGCUGAGCUUGCGUUUGAAAGCCAUGAAGCGGCAGGUGGAGGAGGCGGAAGAGGAAAUCGACAGACUGGAAAGUUCUAAAAAGAAGCUGCAGAGGGAGCUGGAGGAGCAGAUGGACAUGAAUGAGCAUCUGCAGGGGCAGCUCAACUCCAUGAAGAAGGACUUAAGACUGAAGAAGCUGCCGAGUAAAGUGCUGGAUGACAUGGAUGACGAUGAUGACCUCAGCACGGACGGGGGAAGUCUCUACGAGGCGCCCCUGAGCUACACCUUCCCCAAGGACAGUACCGCCACCAGCCAGAUCUGAGUGCGCUCCCGGGCUGUGGAAGUGGCUGUCAUCCCUGCAGGAGCUGCAGCCACCCAUAGCAGGAGGCAGGGAGGGGAGCAUCUGUCUGCCACCGACACCGUUGCCACCAGUUUGCACAGCAUGCCAGUUCCUCAGUGUUACGUUCCUCUACAGGGUCUCUCAGUGGGUCUUCAACAGGGAGCUUUUGCGGUUUAAGACAUUCGGAUGCCUGAGGAACAGGAGCUACCACCUACUGGGGUGUUGUGAGAAACACACUUUGGCAGGCUGAGGUCACUGUUCCACAGUCACUAUUUCCAUUGCUGUCCCUGCCCACCCUCUCACUCCCCCUGCCCAGACAAAGGGUCCAGAAGGCUAGGUCUUAUUUAACAGCACUGUGCAGGGAGGAAACAGUAUAGAGCUUGUACAUAUUUUAAACCAGACCUUACGGACUGCUGCUGUUCUGUUUGGAAUGUGACGGAGGCUUUUAGGGCGGCUGGUUUGUAAAGUUCACGCACCUAUAUUGAGUAUUUUUUUUUUUUUUUUUUUGAGACGGAGUUUUAAUUUUGUU